GGUCAGGUUAAAAAUGGGGAAAAAAACACAGUACUGGUUACUGAAAACAGAGCCAGGAGAAUGGUCAUGGGACGACCAAGAAGCAAACGGCGGUAUAUCAAAGUGGGACGGAGUGAAAAACAAGCAAGCCCAGAAGUAUAUGAAGUCCAUGAACAUAGGAGACCUUUGUUUCUUCUACCAUUCCGGGUCCAAAGCCCGGCGCGUGGUGGGUGUUGUUUCAGUGGCGCGUGAAUGGUACACAGAUGAUGAUGACGAUGGUGGCGGCUGCGCGGUUGAUGUCAAGGCGGUUGGUGAGAUGAGGAGGGCUGUGGACCUGGCGGAGAUGAAGAAAGAUGAAGGAUUGAAAGGUUUUGGGCUUUUUAGACAGCCCAGAUUGUCGGUUGUACCGGUGGAGAAGGGUUUUUGGGAUAAGAUUUGUGAAAUUGGAGGGGGGUUUGAGGGUGAUGGUAGUGUAGAUUGUGAUGAGUAGUUUUGCAUACCAGAUGUUUGUGUUUUUGCUUAAGAAAGCUGCCCAUCUUCAUGGAUUUUUGGGGUGGUUAGGUUUUGGUAAAGGAGUAUUUCGACUUAACGACAAAUUUAGCUUGUUGAUAAUGGCUUAUAUAGAUUCUCUGCUUAAAACU